ACACCUAAAUGCACCAAGAAAUGCUUUCGCUUUUGAUGGACAAAACGGUGUCUACGUCAUCAACCACGUGGUGGCGUUUCCAUCCGGGACACGUGACACGCACUCGUUCUCCAUCAUGGCGGCUUCAGCAGCAAAAAAGAAGGGCAAGAAGGGGAAGACCCUCACCCUAACUGAUUUCUUAGCAGAGGACAGCGGAGGAAACCCUGUACCAAAUUACACACCCACAAAACCUACCAGCUGGGCAGAUGAGACUGAUGACCUGGAGGGAGACGUUACUACUUCCUGGCACACGGAGGAAGAUGUGUAUCGUGCUCCACCCAUUGAUCGCUCCAUCCUGCCCACGGCACCCCGCGCUGCACGCGAGCCCAACGUUGACCGCUCACGUCUGCCACGCUGCCCACCGUACACCGCCUUCUUGGGCAACUUGCCCUAUGAUGUGACCGAAGAAUCCAUCACUAGCUUUUUCCAUGGACUCAAUAUCAGUGCAGUGCGUCUCCCCCGAGAGCCCAGUAACCCAGAGCGACUCAAGGGCUUUGGCUACGCAGAGUUUGACGACGUAGAGUCUCUGCUACGUGCACUCAGUCUCAAUGAGGAGAACUUGGGGAAUCGUCGGAUUCGUGUGGACAUUGCAGAUCAGUCCAAUGAGAAAGAUGACCGUUCGAUGUCAGGGCGAGACCGUAAUCGUAGCAUUGACAUGGGACCAGACAAGACGGACUCAGACUGGCGAGCACGGCCAAGUGGCGAUGUGGAUGAAGGGCCACGCAAAGACGAUGGCUAUGGAGAACGAUCCCGAGAUCGCUAUGACUCAGACAGGUACCGGGAUGGUCCACGCCGGGACAAUGAUCGCUACGACAGUGGCAGAGACCGAUAUCGGGAACGCUAUGACGACCGGGACCGCAGAGACUAUGAUAGAGGUUAUGACUCCCGUGGUGGAGGGCGGCGUCCGUUCGGUAGUGGUUUCCGGCGUGAUUAUGACGACCGCCGGGAUGACUACCGUGGCAGCGGUGAUCGCUAUGGAGAUCGCUAUGGUGACCGUGAAGACCGAAAUGAGAGACGGGAUGAGAAACGUGAGGACAGAGGCCCUCUUCAGAGGCCCAAGUUGAACCUGAAACCUCGUAGCGUUCCUAAGGAUGAGGACCAGAGCAGCGCCCGAUUAGCCGCCUCUAGCCGAUCAGCUUCCAUCUUCGGAGGGGCCAAACCAGUGGACACAGCUUCUAAGGAGCGGGAGGUGGAAGAGAGACUGAAGAAAGAGCAGGAGAGGUUGCAGAGACAGCUAGAUGAGGACAAGGGGAGACCUGAGCGCAACCCCAGAGAGAGACAUCCCAGUUGGCGAAGCGAUGACCAAGCAACAGAGCGUUCCCGAACAGGAAGCGAGUCAUCACAACCAGGAAGCACCACUGGCAGAGGCUCAAGGCGCAGAGAAAGCGAGCGCUCUUUGGAGAACGAGGUGUUCAGCGGGCGUGACGAUGAACCCCCCUCUCCAGGAAGUCAUGUGCCAUCAUCCAAGCAGGAUGGGCUUUCCCUGAAGGUGGUCCCAGCCCCACCCCCUAAAGAGAAUGCCUGGGCAAAGAGAAGUGCCAUGAGCAGUGGCUCCUCUGAGAACGAGGUGAAACCUGGUCCGCCCAAAAGCUCUACAAGCUCAGCUGAUGAGAGAGUUCCGCAGAAAGUCAAAGAUGAGAACAAGGGAGAUGGUCCACGCCGGGGCCGCGGGGGGGCUACAGCUCCAGCAGCAGGGAGAGAACGGCGCAAGGAAACGGACAGAAAGGACGUCAGAAGAGAGCGAGAUCUCAGACCAGCACCAGGGCCAAAGAAAUAUGAGGAAUCUCCCAGUCCUAAAUUCAGCUCAGCCAGUAAAUACGCAGCCUUACUAAUGGAUGGCGAGGGAGACGACGCUGAGGAAAACUGAGAAUGAGAAAUUUGCAGCGGAAAAGACGGUCAUAAAUGAAUUACGAAUUAAUCCUCCAUCUUUUUCCAUGCAGCAAUGAAGGACCCAGCUCUGCUCCCUCGAAACAAAAUCUGGAGAAGCAGUAAAAUUACAUGGCAGUCUCUUAAUAAAACACCUUCUUCAGGACUGAGCAGAAGCUAGUGGGGAAAAAAUACCAGACUCAUUUUAAAAUACGAGGGUACAUGGGAAGUUGGCUAAGCUAAUUAUUAUUAAUUUUAAAGAAAAAAUGAGCGAAUGUGAUCCCAUUGUUGCAGCUGCUCCGGCAUACAUCACACAUUUCUAGCACUAGUUUAUAAAAGCAGGGCAUGACACAAGGUAGGUUCUUACCAAAGGCGAGUGUCUUGUUGCUUUUCAGGGUCCCCCCUUUUAACUGAAAACAGACAUUGGGACCUGCAUGAUCUGUUCAGCCGCAUUUAAUCUUGCAAAAUCAUGUCUUAAAGCAUAUUAUAUGGGACUUGUAUUGAAGCUGAUCUACUAAAUGUGAGGCAGAAAGCAAACCAUUUCCAUACCACAUAUCAGUUAUAAGCAGUUUCCAUCAUUGCGUUUUCCCUCCGCAAAGUUUGAAUAAGGUUAUUUUAUCCUGCAGACCCAUUCUCAUGGACAAGUUUAUUAAGCUACCUCUGUGGCCGGCUGUGCCCUCAGAACAAAUAUUUUCUAUCUUCUAAGGAUUUACAGCUUGUUAGUCAUUUACAAAAUGUUGCCCCUUAAUCAAUUCCUUUUAAUCAUUGGUGACAAAUUGCUUUUUGAAUCAACCAGUGCAGUUUGUGUGCAUUCUGAAUAAAGGUUUUAAUAAAAUGGUCA